GGGCCAUUACGAAAGAUGAUGAAAAACGUUUGGCGAUUUUGAAGGGAAUUUGAAGAGGGUUUUCGUUUCGCGCGUAAAAGUUUUUGUCGUUUGACGAAUAGCGAAGCUUUGUUGAUAGGGGAGCCUCUUCGGGAAAGGAAAGGUUGGACUAGAGGUAGUGAGUGGGCUUAUUUGGCAGUAACUCAAGUGUACUUGGAAUAUGUUGCUGGACGUGGGUGUUGACUCUUGUUUGUCCCCGGUUUCAUCGUGUUAUUCGGGUUCUUCCUGUUCUGAGCCUAAAAUAAGUAGGAACGAAGAGUUAGACGCCGUGAACUUGGAAUUUUCGGAAACGGUCUCGACAGAAGUGCUUGACUCUCUUCAGUCGUGCACUGAAACCCUUGACCCUGUAAACUCAUGUCACCCUGAUAUGCAGGUAGACAACCAAAAGAGCAAGUUUAAAGGCAAGACGUUUCUACGGAAGGAAACCCAAGAUUUCUCUCGCACUGUAGGAGUCGAUGCUACUUCUGUAGAAAUACGAGAAGAAGAGCUCGAAUUGAUCAGAGGAGCGGUCGAGAAAGUCCUUCGUGGAGGUGAUAACAUUUCUGAAGACAACGAGGAGGCCAUGGAUACUGACUCCUUUGACAAUAUACAGCGCCUUUCUUCAGAUUCUCUUUCUGACGUGACUCCCGAGAGCGAAAAUAUUGCUGUUGCAUCAACUGAAUGCGUUUUUGUUUGUCCAAAUUUUGACCGGACUGUCAUUAUCUUAGACUGGGACGACACAUUGUUAUCUUCUUCAUGGUUGGCUGGCGAAGGGUUAAAGGUUGAUGAAACGCAAGAAGUUCCUGAUGCAGUUUAUCAGGAACUAAAUGAGUUGGAAGGCUUGGUUCUUAGCUUACUAAUAGAAUGCUCAAAGCACGGUAUCGUAAGCAUUGUCACGAACGCUGAAACUGGAUGGGUAGAGUUGUCUUCCAAGAAGUUUAUUCCUCGGGUGUUCAGCUAUAUCGAAGAAGGAAUUCGCGUAGUUUCUGCAAGGAGUAAUUUUGAGAAGGAAUUCCCUGACUCUCCCGCCCAAUGGAAAGAAAAAGCAUUCUUAUUGGAAUUGGGCCGUCUACCGGUGGAUAUGACGCGUUUGAAUCUUUUGGUAUUAGGAGAUAGUUUGAAUGAACGCGAUGCAGGUCAUGUUGCUGGUACUGUUUAUACGGGUAGUCAUGUCAAGAGUGUAAAAUUUAUAGAAAGACCUACAAUAGAACAGUUGAAAAGACAGUUGUCUUUGAUAAUUUCUAGUUUGCAUCAUCUUUGCGAUCACGAGGGAUCCUUUGAUGUGAAUAUGGUUUGCUAAAUGAACUUGAUUCGAUUAUUUAGAGGAAAUAAAUAGAAUUCAAUUUUU